AUGUCAAGCCCGUACAUUGUCGCAUCCAUUGGUGCGAGCUGGCGCGUUCCGUCGGAGCUGCAAAUGGUGCUCGAGUGGAUGGACCGAGGCGACCUUCGGGGGGUCCUUCAAGCCACGGCGCCCCCGACGCCCGACGGUGACGCUCGCGGCUUUUCGUGGCACGAGAAGAUUGCGUGCAUGUUGAGCAUGGCGGAAGGCCUCGCGUACUUGCACUCACUCGAUAUUAUCCAUCGCGACUUCAAGUCCCGCAAUGUGCUCUUGGACUCGAAGAAGGGCACGAAAGUCACUGAUUUUGGCACGUCGCGUGAAACCACGACCGACACGAUGACGUUUGGUGUCGGCACGUACCGCUGGAUGGCGCCCGAGAUUCUUCUCGACAUUCAGUACUCGACGGCUGCCGAUAUCUACUCGUUUGGCGUCGUGCUCUCGGAGCUAAGCACGCACUCAAUUCCGUACUCGGACCUUCGCAACACGAGCGGUCACCCGCUCGUCGAUACCGCAAUCAUGGGGCGCGUCAUGACGGGGUCGAUCCGACCGUCGUUUGGAACGCAACUGCCGCUGUGGGUGCGCCACGUCGCCGAGGCCUGCAUUGCGUGGUCGCCCGAGGCUCGCCCGACAGCGCUCGAAGUCGCGCAUACGAUUCGGCAGGAGAUUCGCGCCACACUUUAA